AUGCGAUGCACUACUUGCUCGACUAUUGAACCAAUUCACUGUCACGCGCCAGUGGGUAGCGGCAUGUGUGCAAGUCGCAGUAAUAUGACCAAGCCUGGCAAAUCUAGAACAAAUGUGCAGAGUCAGCCGCAGGCUACAUCGGGGAUUUACUGUGUCACUCAUUCACUGCACAAAACACCAGACCAUGCCCUGUAUCCGGUGGCGAAACCACUAUUCAUGUACCCUUGCACCGCUGACAAUCAGGCAAUUGGGCUGACCGGCCAAACGGUUGCAAAUAAUAUUUAA